CCCUUUCCAAUAAUUUGUUUGUUUAUUUAUUUAUUUAUUCAAUUUUUAAAGAGGAAGAACAUUUUGAUCUUUUCCAUUCACUUGUCAUCGAAAUUAUCAGAGACGCUCGUCACCUCCAACGAUGCAGAAAAUGCUUCACAAGAGCUUCAAGCCAGCCAAAUGCAAGACAGCUUUAAGGCUAGCGAUACCGCGAAUAAAGCUAAUGAAGAACAAGAGGGAAGCUCAAGCGAAACAGUUGAAAAGAGAAUUGGCUCAGUUGCUGGAGUCUGGGCAAGAUCAGACGGCUAGAAUUCGGGUGGAGCAUGUGGUUAGGGAAGAAAAGACUGUAGAUGCUUAUAAUCUUCUUGAGAUAUACUGUGAACUUAUCGUUGCACGUAUGCCAAUAAUUGAAUCUCAAAAAAACUGCCCUAUCGACUUAAAGGAAGCGAUUGCCAGUGUAAUAUUUGCAUCUGCUAGGUGUGAAGAUAUACCAGAGCUCAAGGAUGCCUCCAAACAUUUUACGGCAAAAUACGGGAAAGAAUUUACUUCCGCCGCACUUGAAAUGCGUACUAACUGCGGUGUUAGUCAUAUGUUGGUCGAGAAGUUAUCGGCCUUAGCACCUGAUGGUCCAACCAAACUCAAAAUCUUGACUGCAAUUGCUGAGGAACACAACAUCAAGUGGGAUCCUGCAUCAUUUGGAGCAAAAGAAUCAAAGGUUUAUGAUGACAAGCUGGUAAGACUAGUAUGGUUCAAAAUCGGUUAUUUUUACAGAGGCUGCCAGAUUUUCAGCAUAUCCUUCUAAUGUCCAAGCCCAACUAGUGCUCAUGAGCAGAGACCUGCUAGUGUUCAAGUUCCUAAUUACGAUAAGGGGCCUGCGAGUGUUCGAGAUACAAAACGUGUCGAGAAAAACGAUAUUCCCUCUAGCUUUUCCGAGUACAGCUCUAGAUC